CUCAAUACAAAUAUGUUUGCUUUGUGGUAUUUGACAUUCGCUGUAGAUGAAAUACGCAAACGUUUGGCUUGGCUAUUUGGUGGUACUAAGAAGCCCGUAGCACCUGCGAUAGAAAAUAAACCCGCGCCUGCAGUAGCACCAGUUCCAACUCCCAAACCAGCACCACCAGCAGUUGUAAAACCAACUCCAGCUCCCGCGCCUGUUGUCACAAAGCCCGAGCCGCCCAAGAAAGCGUCUGAGCCACCGAAGCCUGCACAACCAGCGCCAGCAACAACACCAGCUCCUGUACAACCAGCAGCAGCUCCUGUACAACCAACACCAGCUCCAGUAACUACACCUGUUGCAGUUAAAAGCGCAGCUGACAAGAUGCCAAUUCCCUUGCCCAAAUCGUUGACCGAAUCAAAUGGCAAUGGCACUGCCAGCAAUGGCAAUGGCGUUGCACUUGAUGGUCUGGAUCAAAAGCUGUAUGAUGCGCAGCCCAACAAGCUAAUGAAGGUGGAUACCGAGCAGCUAAAGGAUGCUAGCAAUGACUUCAUCAAAGGCGAGGCCAAUGCCUUUGUGCAGUCCAUCAAGGAGGCGCAGCAGGCGGGCGCACGCAAACAAGACACCAUGGUUGACGCUGCUGUUCUCGCUAAACUGGAGGAGGGUUAUGCCAAGUUGGCUGCCUCCGACUCCAAGUCGCUGUUGAAGAAGUACCUGACCAAGGAGGUCUUCGACAACCUAAAGAACAAGAUGACUCCCACUUUCAAGUCAACCUUGUUGGAUGUGAUCCAGUCUGGUCUGGAGAAUCACGAUUCCGGUGUGGGCAUCUAUGCUCCCGAUGCUGAGUCCUACACAGUCUUCGCCGAUCUGUUCGAUCCCAUCAUUGAGGACUACCAUGGUGGCUUCAAGAAGACCGACAAGCACCCUGCUUCCCAGUUCGGUGAUGUCGCCACCUUCGGCAAUGUCGAUCCCACCAACGAGUAUGUGAUCUCGACUCGUGUGCGUUGCGGUCGCUCCAUGCAGGGCUAUCCCUUCAACCCUUGCUUGACUGAGGCCCAGUACAAGGAGAUGGAGGGCAAGGUCAGCACCACUCUGUCCGGUCUGGAGGGUGAGCUCAAGGGCAAGUUCUAUCCAUUGACUGGCAUGGAGAAGACUGUGCAGCAGCAGCUGAUCGACGAUCACUUCCUGUUCAAGGAGGGCGAUCGCUUCCUGCAGGCUGCCAACGCUUGCCGCUACUGGCCCUCCGGCCGUGGCAUCUACCACAACGACAACAAGACCUUCCUGGUCUGGUGCAAUGAGGAGGAUCAUCUGCGCAUCAUCUCCAUGCAGAUGGGUGGUGAUCUCGGCGAGGUCUACCGUCGUCUGGUCGGUGCCGUCAACGAGAUUGAGAAGCGUGUGCCCUUCAGCCACGAUGAUCGUCUCGGCUUCUUGACCUUCUGCCCCACCAAUCUGGGCACCACCAUCCGUGCCUCCGUGCACAUCAAGGUGCCCAAGCUGGCCUCCAACAAGGCCAAGCUCGAGGAGGUUGCCGCCAAGUACAAUCUGCAAGUGCGCGGCACUCGCGGCGAGCACACCGAAGCCGAGGGCGGUGUCUAUGACAUCUCCAACAAGCGUCGCAUGGGUCUCACCGAAUUCGAUGCCGUCAAGGAGAUGUACGAUGGCAUCACCGAGCUCAUCAAGCUCGAGAAGAGCUUGUAAGCUGUUACUUCGCAGCAGUUUUAAAGUCAUUGGAGCCCAA